CCCUCCCGCCAUAUCUCUUAUUUGGCGCCAAAUGCAAGAUCAUUAGUUACAAUAACAAACAUGGUUCUUCAGAACUCUGGUAAAUUUAAAGCAGAUACAGAUGGCGAAGCUGUAGUGCGAGAAGAUACAAGUGAGAAACGUCUACAAAGAAGCAUUCAAAAUGAUGAGGUUGAUUCCAGAUUUGGAUUUGUCCGCUAUAAAGAAUCAGCAGAAAGAACAGGAUGGCUUAUUAACAUGCACCCGGCUGAUGUAUUGGAUGCAGACAAACGUCUGGUCAGUGCUGUGGAUUAUUAUUUUGUGGAAGAAGAUGGCAACAGAUUCAAGGCUACCCUUCUGUUUCAACCAUAUUUCUAUGUUGCCACCAAGCCGAACUGUGAAAGAGAAGUGGCCUCAUAUCUUAGUAAAAGAUUCUCUGGUAAAAUAGCUUCUGUGGAAACUGUAAAGAAAGAAGAUCUUGAUUUGCACAACCACUUGGUAGGCCUCAAAAGAACCUAUCUGAAAUUAUCAUUUCUCAGUGUUGAAGAUUUGAUAAAAGUAAAGAAAGAAAUCAAUCCUGUUGUGAGAAAGAACAGAGAAGAAAGGAAAUCUCAAGAUGUUUAUACUGCAAUGCUAACCACACAUAAUGCUGAUGUGGCUCCUAAAUGUAUUUCAAAGAAACUCACAGAACAAAUGGACAACAUCAUUGAUAUAAGGGAGCAUGAUGUACCUUAUCACGUACGAGUUUCAAUUGACUUGAAGAUAUUUGUUGGUCAUUGGUAUACAGUGCAAGGACAUGGGUCAGCUUCUCCAGAUAUUAAACUACGUGAUGAUCUUGUUGACCGACCUGAUCCUGUUGUUUUUGCAUAUGAUAUUGAAACAACUAAACUGCCCUUGAAGUUUCCUGACUCCCAGACUGAUCAAAUUAUGAUGAUCUCAUAUAUGAUUGAUGGUCAGGGUUAUCUUAUUACAAACAGAGAAAUUGUUUCAAUGGACAUAGAGGACUUUGAGUACACUCCUAGGCCUGAAUUUGAAGGACCAUUUAUCAUAUUUAACGAACCAGAUGAGCUGAGUCUUAUUCAAAGAUUCUUUGACCAUAUUUUGGAAUCAAAGCCUCAUAUUUUUGUCACCUACAACGGAGACUUUUUUGAUUGGCCUUUUGUGGAAACUCGUGCUGCUGUCUAUGGCAUCGACAUGUCACGAGAAAUCGGGUUCCAGAGGGACAAUCAAGGGGAGUAUAAAUCUAGAGCUGCUAUUCAUAUGGACUGCUAUAAAUGGGUUAAAAGAGACAGUUACUUACCUGUUGGCAGUCAAAACUUGAAAGCAGUUGCAAAGGCCAAGCUUCGUUAUGAUCCUGUUGAGUUGGACCCUGAAGACAUGUGUCGUAUGGCUAGUGAAGAGCCACAGGUCCUUGCCAACUAUUCAGUGUCAGAUGCUGUUGCUACUUACCACUUGUAUAUGAAAUAUGUUCACCCUUUCAUAUUUGCUCUGUGCACCAUUAUUCCGAUGGAGCCCGAUGAGGUCUUGCGCAAAGGUUCUGGGACACUCUGUGAAGCCCUCUUGAUGGUGCAGGCAUACCAUGCUAAUGUUAUCUUCCCCAAUAAACAGGAAUCAGUUCUGAAUAAACUUACCCAUGAUGGACAUUUACUUGACUCUGAGACUUACGUUGGUGGACAUGUUGAAGCUCUGGAAUCAGGUGUCUUCAGAGCAGAUAUUCCCUGUCGUUUUAGAAUGGUACCUGAUGCUUUCCAGACUCUUAUGAAUACUGUUGAGAAAACCAUGAAACAUGCAAUAGAAGUUGAAGAGAAAGUGUCCUUGGAACAAGUAACCAACUUUGAUGAAGUUUGUGAAGAUAUUAAAGACCGAUUGGCUAUGUUGAGAGAUUGUCCAAACCGUUUAGAAAACCCAAUAAUUUACCAUUUAGAUGUUGGUGCUAUGUAUCCAAAUAUUAUUCUCACCAACCGACUUCAGCCUUCUGCAAUGGUUGAUGAAGAAAUUUGUGCUGCUUGUGACUUCAACAAACCUGGUGCAACAUGUCAGAGGAAGAUGACUUGGAUGUGGCGAGGAGAAUAUAUGCCUGCUACCAGAAGUGAGUUCCAACGAAUCCAGCAGCAAUUGGAAAAUGAGAAAUUUCCACCAUUUUUUCCUGGUGGACCACAAAGAGCUUUUCACCAGCUUCCAGCUGUGGAACAAGCUGCCAUAGAGAAAAAGAGACUGGCAGAAUAUUGCAGGAAAGCUUACAAGAAGAUCCAUGUGACAAGAAAAGGAGAAAAAGUUGCUACCAUUUGUCAAAGAGAAAAUUCUUUCUAUGUUGACACAGUUCGGGCAUUUCGAGACCGACGCUAUGAGUUCAAAGGAUUAGUGAAGGUAUGGAAACGCAAGUUGGGAGAAGCUGAAGCAGCAAAAGAUGCCGCAGAGAUAAAAAGAGCCAAUGGAAUGGUUGUUUUGUAUGAUUCACUACAACUGGCACAUAAAUGUAUCUUAAAUUCCUUUUAUGGAUAUGUCAUGAGGAAAGGUGCUCGUUGGUACAGUAUGGAAAUGGCUGGAAUUGUCUGUUUCACAGGAGCAAACAUCAUCACAAAAGCUCGAGAAAUUGUUGAACAAAUAGGACGGCCUCUGGAACUGGACACAGAUGGUAUAUGGUGUGUAUUGCCAGCAACAUUUCCAGAAAAUUACGUUGUCAAAACAACCCAUCCAAAGAAAGCAAAAUUGACAAUUUCUUACCCAGGAGCCAUGCUUAAUGUAAUGGUGCAGAAUGAAUUUACUAAUCACCAAUAUCAAGAAUUAGUUGACCCAGAUGCUCUGAAAUAUGAAGUCCGCAGUGAAAAUUCAAUAUUCUUUGAAGUUGAUGGGCCUUACUUAGCAAUGAUUCUUCCAGCUUCCAAAGAAGAAGGCAAAAAACUGAAGAAACGAUACGCUGUCUUUAAUUUUGAUGGUUCUCUUGCAGAACUGAAGGGUUUCGAAAUAAAACGGCGAGGCGAGCUGCAAUUGAUAAAGAUCUUCCAGUCAUCCGUCUUUGAAGCAUUUUUGAAAGGUAGCACUUUAGAUGAAUGUUACAGUGCCGUCUCUAAAGUAGCAGACUAUUGGUUAGAUGUCUUGUACAACAAGGUAAGUGACAAUCUUAUUGAACUCUUCUAUCUGAUUUGGCAGAGUUUCUACAGCUCGAGGAAACUGGAAGAUUACGGACAGCAAAAAUCAACAUCUAUAAGCACAGCUAAACGUUUGGCUGAAUUCCUUGGUGACCAAAUGAUCAAAGAUGCUGGUCUGAGUUGCCGCUAUGUGAUAUCUAAAAAACCAGAAGGUUCCCCAGUUACAGAGAGAGCUAUUCCAAUGGCUAUUUUCCAAGCUGAACCAGGAAUCAAGAGACAUUUUCUCAAGAAAUGGCUCAAGACUUCCAACAAAGAUCUUGACAUUAGAAAUAUUCUUGACUGGCAAUAUUAUAUUGACCGUUUGGGUGGUGCCAUCCAGAAGAUUAUUACCAUUCCAGCUGCACUACAGCAAGUGGCCAACCCAGUACCACGUAUUCCUCAUCCAGAUUGGUUACAGAAGAAAUUAUUAGAGAGAACUGACAUUUUCAAACAGAAGAAAAUUAGUGAAAUCUUUGCUCCUCAACCCAAACCACAGGAACCAGAAGUGGAUUCCAUAAAAGACAUAGAAGAUCUGGGAGUUCCUGCUAAGCCCAACAUGCCAGUUCGAGCUACAGUCACCAAACGUAAACGGAUGCAAUCAAGUGAAGAUACUGACUUCUCAAAAACCAAUUCUCAGAACUCAGAAUCUUUGACUCAAACAUUUCGAGAUAUUUUAGGACCUCCUCCACCAAUGGGAAAAACUAAGGCUGAAAUGGUGGAAUGGUUACAGUAUCACAAAAAGAAAUGGGCUUUGCAGUCUAAAGACAGGCAGCUCCAAAAACGGCGGCGGGUUGAUUUGGCAGACUUUAAUUCCAGUGCCACGCCGAUUAUUGGUCGUCAAGGUUUGAGUGGUUUCAUGCGCCGUACAGCUCGCACCAUCCUAGAUUUACCAUGGCAACUGAUACAGUUGGCUGAAACCAGUGAACCUGGCCAAUAUCGACUGUGGGCACUCAUUGGAAACGAUCUUCAUGUUAUGCGACUGAAUGUCCCCAGAAUAUUCUAUGUGAACCAAAAGACACCAAAAGAAGGAGAAGGAGCCAUGUGGAAGAAGGUUCAAAAGACUCUACCAAGAUCCCACCCUGUUAUGCACCUUUACCAAUACACAGUACCAGAAAAUGUCUACCUGGAGCACUGCAAUGAAAUCAAUGCUGAUCUAUCAUCUCCAGACAUUGAAGGUGUUUAUGAGACUCAAGUACCAUUAUUGUUCCGUGCCUUGGUCCAGUUGGGUUGUGUUGUCACAGUCAACAGAGAUUAUGCUAGACUUCUUGCUGGCAAGGAAACUGACACAUUUGAUAUGGAGAUGCUGGAAUUCCGUACUUUGGCACAAUAUUCAUACUUGGAACCUGGCUCAAUGAAGCACAUCUAUUUUUACUGCCAUAAUUGUGGAUCCAAAAUGAUAAUAGCUAUAAUGUUUCCUAUGUCCAAGAAAGGUUCUAUAUUUGUGGUUGAUACAGUACAGAGUGACCAAAUGCCAAAUCUUGCUGCCAUGUACACAGCUGAGAGAAACUCCAAAGUGUCCAAAGGAGUUGAUGAGGCAUCUCUUCCUCCUGCAGGAACUCAAAACUUUCAGGUAAAAUUGGAUAAAGAUAUAAACCGUGUCUACAGGAAUGUGCAGAGGAUUCUCUCGGCCUACAAAGAUGAGAAGCGGGGACCCACUUUUAUUGCCAUCCAGUCCAGUCUUAGUUUCUCUCAACUGACAUCUGCUAUGCCAGAGAUGAUCAACUUCCCCAUGGUACCUAUUCACAUGUCUGACAGUAACACUCUAUACAAUGUGCUGGAUUGGCAGAGAGUUGGCAGUCGAAGAAUGCUUCAACAUUACAUGAAUGUGAAACUCAUCUUGCAAGUGAUGCUGGAACAGUGCCGAUAUCUACACAUUCCUUUGGGUAACAUACCCAGUGACAUCACAAUGUUUGGAUGUGACCUCUUUUUUGCCCGACAUCUCCAGAAACACAACCACUUACUCUGGUGUUCCUUGUCUGACCGACCUGAUCUGGGUGGCAAAGAAGCUGAUGACCAUCGGUUGUGUAUGGAACUUGAAGAGAAAACUACAGUGGAGGUGAACAAACCAGGAGCAUAUUCUACAGUAUGUCUGGAGUUGGACAUGUCAAGUUUGGCUGUCAAUACAGUUAUUGAGUCUGCCCAUGUCAGUGAUGUAGAGGGAGCAAGUGCAGUCAGUUUUGACCUCAUGCCCCGGACUUCUUUGGAGGAAAUGAUGCAAGGCCAAGGUGCAGCCACAAUGUUGACCAGUUAUGAUGAAACAGCUCUGUGCUCAGUUACUUUCAGAAUCCUGAAAACCAUGAUUCAAGGUUGGGUUAGAGAUGUGACAGCUUACAAAAAUGUUUUUGCUGACAACCAGAUUGUACACUUCUAUCGGUGGUUGCGAUCUCCCACAGCCCUUUUAUAUGAUCCAGCCUUGCGAAGAACACUUAAUGGAAUGAUGAGGAAAAUUUUCCUUCAGCUGAUAGCUGAAUUCCAGCGACUUGGUUCUUUGAUAGUAUUUGCCAAUUUCAACAUGAUUUUGCUCUGCACCAAGAAACAGUCUAUUGACAAUGCCCUCAGUUAUAUGAAUUACAUCACAAGCAGCAUUAAAUCACGUAACCUGUUCCAUUUGAUAGAAUUUACUGUAGAGCAGUGCUGGGAGUAUCUCUUGUGGAUGGACUCUGCUAAUCACGGUGGAGUGAAAGGUAAAUUGCCAUCUUCUGCUGAAUCAGAAAUUCCUGAAGGAGGUAAUGAUGAUGAUGAAGAGAAAGAGAAAGAGUCUGAUGCAGAAGAGGAUAUGGAUAAUGAAGGAGAAAAAUUAGAUGAUGAUUCUAGUGAUGAGCCAGAAAUUGAGAUGAACUGGAAUAUUGUCCAGUUUCUUCCUGAAAGUGGCGCCUGUCAAACCAAUUUUAAUAUGAUCGUUGCUGGAUAUAUUCUUUCAAUGUACAAUGAAAUCCAAGACGAACACAGACGGAGAACUCCUGGUAACACGCCUGUACAGCGUCGUUCAAGUCAGACUCAGACCAUCACAGAUUACUCGACUGCCCCAAGUAUAGUGACUUUUGCACAAGAUUUAAUCCAGGGAGAUCUUGCACAGCAGAUGUUUAUGCUAACACAGAAGAUCCAUAAGAAACUAUCUACUAGUCGUUAUGGGAAUGAGGGCAGUGAGUUUCCAGAACCUCCCGGUUCCCACUUGAAGCCAACAUGUCCUGCUUUGGAGUUUGUCAAAAGUGUUCUAACGGUGUUGUCAUUGGAUACUAAUGUAACACUUCAAGCCACCAAAUUAAAAAGGGACCUUCUCCGACUUAUAGGAUAUGGGGAAUUCUCUCCCGAUGCUGUCUUUAAAGAUCCUUGUUUAUCUUUUAUUCUUCCAGAGGUUAUCUGCAAGACAUGUAAUCACAUUCGAGACUUAGAUCUUUGUCGAGAUCCUUAUUUGAACCGAGAGACUCUGGGUGCUACAUGGUCAUGUAUCCAAUGUCACACUGAUUACGACACAGCUGAGAUAGAACACAGUCUAGUUGAGGUUAUUAACCGCAAGUCUCUUGCCUAUACCCUGCAGGAUACCAGAUGUGUGAAGUGUAAAUUGAUCAAAAAUAACAACAUGCAGAAUUACUGCUCGUGUGCAUCUAGUUUUGAAAAUGUCAUUUCCCGAGAUGCAUUUCUAUCUACCAUGAAGACCUUCUAUGGAAUUGCUCAACAUUAUAAUAUGCAGCUGCUUCUAGAAACAGUUACAUGGAUCCUGAAGAUGAAUGAUUCUUUGAACAGCUAAUUCAGUAUUCACGAUGAAGUCUGAGAGAGAGAAAGAGAGAAGUGUGAGAGGAGGAUAUGCAUUCUAAGAAUCAUUUAUUUCAUUAUUUAUUUUGGCUUCUGAGAUCUGUUAUUUAGAACUUUUCUUUCAAUGUUUUGGCAUAGAAUGUGCUGUCUCUAUUUCUAAGAUUCAAAAGAUUGGAUUGAUUUUUUUUUUUUAUAUAAAUGUUUUCUGAGUGAAUGUGAAAUGACAAAUUGUACAAUGCCUCUUGCAUGUGUGUGUUGUAUUGACACACAUAUGUUUAUGUUAAUAUUUACAUUCUGCACUUAGCUGAGCUAUGGAUGGUGUGGUAUUGUUUUUCAUUAACAACAAAUUGUUAGUAUUUUCCAAGGUGAGUUGAAUGAAAAGGCUCUUUCUUGAAAAACAGGUACAGGUUAAUGAGAAAAACCUCCAGCUGUAAAAACAACACCUCAGUAAUAUGUAUUUAUUCAACCUAUGCUGGUAUUAAAAAUAAAUGAAAACAGACGAAUAUAAAAAAAAAGGCAAAUUAAAUAGAAGUCAAAUUGAUGACAUGGAAAAAAUACCAAAGUGGAUAAAACUUUUUGUGUAGUUUGAUAUCAUAUUGUCCUGGGUUCAUAUCUUGCUAAACUUAACUUAGCCUAUCAAUCCUCGAGUACUAAUAGGAAUGUCAGUAAUUGUAAUGGACGAGGAUUGAUUAAGUCUAUUAUAUAUCUUCUCCUGAUUAAGUAGCCUUGUGCUACUUAAUCAGCUGAAACCAUUAAUAUUCAUUUGAUGGGUAAAGCAGUGAGCUGGCAAAAUCAUUAGCACUUCAAGCAAAAGGCUUAACUGCAUUUCGUCUGUGGAUUCAAAUACCGCCAAGAUCAAUAAAGUACCAGUUGAGCACUGGGGUCAAUGUAAUUGACUUAGCCUCUAUCCUUGAAUUGCUGGCCUUGUGCCCAAAUUUGAAACCAAUAUUAUUUUGAUGAUCACUAUGGAAUUAAACUAUCAGCUCCUGCUGUACAAAGCUGCCAAUCCCUUUAACAGAAGUCAAUGCAGUUGAACAUAUUCACUCGUCUACCAAACAAUGAUGCCAUAUGUUGCUUUAGAGUCCUCUUGUUAGAGUAGAGCUUUCUCCAAUGUCUGAUCUCUAUCAUUACUGUCACAUCUUUGAUGUCAUAGUAGAGCUGUAUGACAACCUCCAUCACUACUGUCUCAGCUCCAUACCUCUACAGCUCUUUAACCUCCAUCUCUAUAACACAGCUCUGCAAUAUCUCUACAAUACACUCUUAUGUAUACCUUAAAGAUUGAGAGAAAUCCUGUCAGAUACACUAUAGCAAUAUUUAGAAUAAUUCACCAUUAUUUCUUUGAACUAAUGUCUGUAGAACUCUAAUGUUUAGGAACUGACGUCAGGAAUUGUGGUUAUGUUCCAUUAUGUUUUUUAUCAAAAAUAUAUCCGAGCAUUUGAGAAUUGUAAAUAAUAUUCUUAAGCUGUUUGAAGAAAUCACUUUGUUUAUAACUUGUAAAUAAAACAAAUUUAUUGAAAAUGUAA